UAGCGAGAGUUCCGCGGUCACCCGCUCAAAGCGCAGCGAUUCCGUAGCGGCAGCAGCGUUUGUGACCGUUCCAGAAAGCAUGGCACUUUGGCGGGCAUACCAGCGGGCUCUGACUGCUCACCCGUGGAAAGUACAGGUCCUGACAGCUGCAGCUGGUGGAGAGGCGAGGUCUGCAGGCACACAAGACUGGCCGGACCCUGACCAUGGUCUCCGUGGGCUGUGGCUUUGUGGGCCCUGUAGUAGGAGGCUGGUACAAGGUUUUGGACCGGCUCAUCCCUGGCACCACCAAGGUGGAUGCACUAAAGAAGAUGCUGUUGGAUCAGGGGGGCUUUGCCCCAUGUUUUCUGGGCUGUUUCCUCUCACUGGUAGGGACACUCAAUGGACUGUCAGCCCAGGACAAUUGGGCCAAACUCCAGCAGGUGAGCUGGGCAGGUGUGGGGAUGAUUUCUGGAUGGCAGGCCGGCAGGCCCAGGGGAAUGAGGCAGGCUUCAUGGGGAUGGGAAGGGUGGAGGUGCAGGCAGAGCCCCAGCUCUGGAGGAGAGGAGCUGAGGGGCAGUGGUGCAGGGGUGUCUUCUCUGAGCAGAAGUCUCUAUGUGAUACUCAGAUCAGGAGGUCUGAGCUACCUGGAAAUGCAAAUGUUCACUUGUUCCUUCUCUUGUCUCCUCAGGAUUAUCCUGAUGCUCUCAUCACCAACUACUAUCUCUGGCCUGCUGUGCAGUUAGCCAACUUCUACCUGGUCCCUCUUCAUUACAGGGAGGAUCUUGCUCCACAGUCCUUGUCUCCAUCCCACCUGGGCUCUCUACCUUUGAUGGCAUGUCUGCAGGGGCCGGGCUACAGCCUAGGUUAGGCAGAAAGGUAGACCAAAGAGACAAGUAGGAACGUGGUCAGGUUAGUCCACUGCAAAAUAUUAUUUUAUCCUAGAUAAUAAAGGUAGUUGCUGAAAUCUCAGUAAAAAUAUAUAGUGCAACCAAGAUGAGUGGUUAAAAUUAUUGGAGGUGUGGGGGCUUUGGGAACAGGGAAAAACAUGAAACUCUUCAGAGGGGACAGGCUCAAAAUGGACAUGAGUAGCACAGCUAAAAGGAGUAUAGACUUAUGAACUAAAUGAAACUUUAGGGUCCUUGCAGUGCUCUUUGGAACUAGAGCAAGGUAUGUUUAAAAUAAAGAGAAGGAGGUGCUGCUUUAUAUGGCAGGCAGCACAUUUUUCGGAAGAUGAGAUCUCAGCUGUACAAGACGGACAGAUGUGUAUUUAGAAGGAGCCUGGACAGGAGUACGAAUAAUGGAGCCAUGCAUGGCGAGAUGGCGGCUGAGGGGGGGUUAACUUUGGAGCUUUUGUCCAGGAGACAGAGCUCUGGGCUGGCACCAGAACCCGAGCUGGUUUUCCUCUCGUCUGAGCCACACAUCCCUCCGUGGGGGCUGAAGGAAGGAGAGCUAAAUCUGGGCAUUCUUGGAAAUAAUCCCCUUUAUCCCACUGUACUUUCCCAUCUCUCCCUGCUUGCUUGUCCUUGUUCUGCUGCUUCUUCACGGUACCAUCCCUGUUCCUUAGGUUGGCUGUCGUCCAGUGUGUUGCUGUUAUCUGGAACUCCUACCUGUCCUGGAAGGCACAUCGGCUCUAAGUCUGCCUCACUCCAUCAUUUCAAGCUUGCAGUGAUGCAGCUUGACCCUGGAAGGGUCAAACCACCUCCUCAAAGUGGGCACAUUGGUUUUCACAGGGUUUGGUGGCUGGUCAGAACUUAAUGGGGUUAGCACUCUGAAGUGGCCUGUUUCACUCUAAAAUGUAACCUGACUCCUACUGAAAUCACUAAAACCUUUAUAAUGGUCUUAUACCCACCACAUAGUAGGCACUCCAUAAAUACUUGUUGAACCAUAUGAUUUUGUCACCUUCAGUUUACACUCAUAUCCCGGCAAGUACCACUCAUCCCCACUCUUCAUAGACACAUCUGGUUUUCUAACCCUUCCCAGCCCUAGUCUAGCUCCAAUUUUGGGGGAGCCCCUCAAGCUCUUUGUAUGGUGCCUCCAUAAAUAUAUUUCUAAAUAGGUAAAAUCUGGAACUUGCAGAGGCAAUGAGUAAGACCCAGCAGAAACCGACUGCGGAGUCCCGUUUUCUAGAGUUUGGAGAGAGCCUGGAGAUGACUAAGCCCAAUCUUUUACAGAUGAGGACACUGAGGUCCACAGAGGUGAGGUGCCCUGUCCACACCAUGAGUUACAGGCAGAGUAGAAACUUGAACCCACAUGCUAUAGUUUGAAUGUUUGUAUACUCCCCAAUUUAUAUGAUGAAAACCUGAUGCCCAAGGUGAUGGUAUUAGGAGGUGGGGCCUUUGGGAAGUGAUUAGGUCAUGAGGGCAGAGUGCUCAUGGGAUCAGUACACUCACAAAAGAGGCCAUGUGAUGAGACAGCAAGAGGCGCCAUCUGUGAGCCAGAAAGCAGGUCCUCACCAGACACCAAACCUACUGGCACCCUGGUCUUGGACUUCCCAGCCUCCACAACUGUGAGAAAUAAAUGUCUUGUUUAUAAACCA